GGUGAAUGUUCCAAAACAGAGGCGUACUUUUUGCAAAAAAUGCAAAGUACACAAGCACACAAAGUGACACAAUACAAGAAGUCCAAGGAAAGGCAUGCAUCACAGGGUAGGCGUCGUUACGACAGAAAACAGCAAGGUUUUGGAGGUCAAACAAAACCUAUUUUCAGGAAGAAGGCUAAGACUACCAAAAAGAUUGUGUUGAGGAUGGAAUGUACCGACUGCAAGUACAGGAAGCAAGUACCUCUGAAGCGAUGCAAACAUUUCGAACUUGGUGGCGACAAGAAGAGGAAAGUAAGUGAAUUAUUCCUCUUUUCCAUAUAAGUUGUUUUAUUCAUG